AUGGAGUCAGGCCAAGAGCGACGUCCAGUGUCUGGCUACCGUGUUGUGGGACGUAUCGACGCCUGUGGCGUGGACGUGCCAGAGCCGCCCACCAGUGCCCCACCGGUGGUCGACGUGACAAGCCCUGCGGAGGAGGGCCCUAAGAGCGUGGACGACAUGCGCUUCGUCGAUGCAUCCAUGCCCUUUCAGAACGAUCCUACUUCUCUCUUGCCCAGUGCCGGUCUUCUGCCGACCGAUCGAACCACGCCCAGCGAGGAGCCGUGGGUGUAUCCCUUGUACAAUACCACCUCGUUGCAACCGUCCAACUCCGUACGCAGUCAACGUAACUGGAAUGAGUUCCAUGGACAUACAGUGACGCCCCUGCCUAGCCCGCUGCUGCAUACCGCCUCCGAGGACUGCUGGAUCUUGCCGACCAUGGAAGACUCCAAAACUGAGGCGUUCUUUAGCACCACCGCUGUUCGACCCCCACCAAAACCCCCGCAAAACUUGGGCCGCAGCGCAAGCAGCAAAGUAUCGCAUUCCAACCCGUCCUUGUCAUACAGAGAGCAGCGUCGACAACGUGCUCUGAGCUCGCCCAACGAUCCGAGAGAACGCAUGGGACCGGAUGGCCAUCUCUCUGUGACGACGUCCUUGGCCACGCUGUCCAUGGACAACCGUACGGCAGAGCCCACCGAGCUCCGUCCUCCGCCGCAUCGUCUCACUACGACCAAUACCCCACGCGCGUCGCGUCACAAUCACGGACCUUCCAUGUCCGUGACAGGAGACAGCUUGUUCCCACCCCCAUCAACGCAUACGGCGUCCGACGAGGCAGAUAUGCACAUUGCCGAUUCCUCGCUCAACUCGAUCAGCUACGAAGUGCUAGAGGCCUUCGACCAGAUCACCGAGCACGAAGACGAGACGGCUGGCACCAUCGGGCCGUACAAAAUUGUAUCGCAACUAGGGACAGGCGCCUUUAGCCAGGUGCUCUUAGCGGACCCUCUUGCCAAGCGUGGCAGCCGUGUCGCCGUGAAGCUGAUUGCUAGUACGCCGUGGAAAACAGACAAGCGCGUACGUGUGAGCUGGGUUCGCGAAGCAGAGAUCCUACGGCAUAUAUCGCACCCUGGCAUUGUGCAGUUUGUGUCGGCCUUCCGGACACCGCAGCACUAUGCGCUCGCGUUGGAGGCAUUGACGGGUGGCGAAUUGUUUGAUUUCCUACUGCAAAACCAGCUGGCCAUCGCACGUCGAGAAUGGCUGGUACGUCGUAUCUUUGGCGAGCUGGCCUGUGUGGUCCACUGGAUGCAUAGUCACAACUUGGUCCAUCGUGAUAUCAAGUUGGAGAAUAUCAUGCUCACGCGUCACCUAUUCACGUCAGAGAAUAAACUGGCACCAAGCGACGUAGGGGCUAUGCCGCUGAUCAAACUCACUGACUUUGGCCUGGCCCGAUUCGUCAAGCCAAACCAUAUGCUGGAAACGCGAUGUGGCUCAGAAGAAUAUGCUGCGCCAGAACUGAUUCUAGGCAAAAUCUACGAUGGAAAAAAGACAGAUACGUGGGCUAUGGGUGUGGUGCUGUAUGCCCUGGUCACAGGCGCAAUCCCAUUCUUGGAACCAACGGUGGACGAAGCACGCACAGAUGCCAAUCGACUACAACAGGUCCGUGAGCGUGACCAGCCAGAAGGAGAGCGAGACACGCAAGAGCGCCGAGCACACCUAGUACGCAUUGCUAAGGCAGAAGUUCACUGGCCCGAGCGCUCGAACGAAAACUUUGAGGAUGCGCCGUCGGACGACUACCUCCCCGGUUUGCGACUCGUGACGCCGCAGGCACGUCAUAUUAUCAUGCGCUUCCUACGACGUGACCCUACACGUCGAGCCGAAUGCCUCGAACUUUGGAAGGAUCCAUGGUUCCUCUAUGGCAGCUUCGCAUACGGAUCAGGAGAUGUGCAAGCUCAGUUGCCACAGCCGUACGACGAAGCGACAAUGCUCUGUGUAGCUAACGAAGCAUCGGCCCAGAAUAUGCGCAUUGCCCUUCCAUACUGCCCCAUCGAUCCAAGGGGGCGGCGCUGGGAAGAAAUACACACGAAAGCAGGGAGCAUCACGGACACCCCAGUAAUAAGUCAUGAUUAUUCGUAA